AUGUCGAGGCUGACCUUCAUUGCAGGCGGCAUUCCUUUCAAGGAUACGACGCCCAAGACGGAUGAGACAUUCAAGGAGAGGACCGCGGCGUUGCAUCCGUACGCGCCGGAUGCCUCAGGAUUGCCCAUCCUGACCGUGGAUGGCAAAGCCUACGCCCAAAGCCGUGCCAUUCUACGCUAUGUCGGCCGCAUCGCGCAGUACGAAGGUUCGGCUCUGUAUCCGACAGAUCCCAUGGAACAGCUGGAGUGCGAUGACUACAUUGAGUUGGGCGAGGACCUGCGGGGGCCCAUCCUUGCCACGUUCCGCUUCCAAGACCAGGCGGAGAAAGAGGCGGCACGCGCCGCGCUGGUGGCCCCCGAUGGAGGCGUUACCAAGUUCUUAAAGGUGCUCGACAAGAAGCUGGGUGACAAUUUCCCAACAAAGCUGACCAUCGGACCUUUGUACGUCUGGUGCAUGACCACCAUCUUCCGCCAGCCGACCUUUCUGGAUGGUAUCCCUGCUGAUGCCCUGGCUCCGUAUGCAAACAUCACCAAGCUGCAUCAGUGGAUUUCCAACAUCCCACCCAUCAAGGCUCACUACGAGAAGGCCGAGGGCCGAAGCUCGGCACGAAUUUUGAUUUCCAUAUGA